AUGUCGAAAACCCCAACUUCAAUUCCAGGAUCUAACUAUGGAUCAUCUGUAUCCAACAGUGGAUCAGAAAAGAACAAUCAAGUUUUGAAUGAUAUCAGAGGUAAAAUUGAUAGAGAAAGGAAGAUUAUUCAAGGAUUUCAAGCCAUGAAGAAAAAUACUAACAAUGUUGAAGUUAUCCAAAAAUGUAAUAAUCAAAUUAGAGAAACUCAAUCAAAUAUCGAUUAUUUACAAGAGACUUUAGCUAAAUUAUCCCUUCAACAAGAAUCCAAUGAUGAAGAUUCUCAAUCAGGUACAAAAUCAAGACCUAUAUAUACUAGAUUUGAUUUAACCAAAUAUGAUGGACCUUCAAUGGGUCAUAGAAUUCAAUACAUGUUACAACAAUUACAAUUCAAAUUACAAGUGGAAAAUCAAUAUAAACAAGCAAAUGAAAAGAUUUCUCAAUUGUAUUUGUUAGAUGGUGAUAAAUCUAGUAGUGUUGCAGCUGAAGGUGGGAAAUUGGAAAGUGAUCAAAGAAUUCAAUUAUUGAAUAAAGCUUUAAAAAGAUAUCAAGACAUGCAUGUGGAUAUUGAAGAAGUUACAAAAGAUAUGGAGAUUAUGAAUACUCCUAAAUAUUCUAGAAAACCUUUAACUGGGAAAUUAUACAUUACAGUUACUUGUGUUAAAGAUAUUGAUCAUAUUACUUCACCAAUGUUUUCCAAGAAGCCUGAAUCUGUAGUUUCUAUCAAGGUUGAUGAUGUAGAAAAGGUUAGAUCCAAAGGUUCAAGAACAGGUAAGUGGAACGAAGAAUUUGUUAUUGAUAUUGAUAAAGGAAAUGAAAUUGAAUUUUCAGUUUAUGACAAAUCAUCAACAAGUUUAGUACCUGUUGCAGUAACCUGGGCUUUAUUAUCUGAUAUUACCGAAGAACUUCGUAAGAAAAAAGUUGCUAAUGAACUUGGUAAUGAAGGUUGGGUUUCAGCUUCUAAUUAUUCUGCUAAUGAUUUUUCCGCUGCCAAUAAUUCAAGUUUACCUCCAGAUUCAGGAUUUAACCUGGCUACUUCCGCUUCAACCACUUCUACUAAUGAUAAUAAAAACGUCCAAGUAAAUACCUGGUUGAAUUUGGAACCUGUAGGACAAAUAUUGGUUAGUUUAAGUUUCGAUAAAUCUCAAUCAGGAAGGAAACAAUUCAUGGGAGGUUUAGGACGUCAAGGUGCUAUCAGACAAAAGAAAGAAGAAGUUUUCGAUCAACAUGGACAUCAAUUCGUUCAAAAACCUUUCUAUAACAUUAUGUGUUGUUCAUUAUGUGGAGAAUUUUUAAGAUAUACUGGAUUUCAAUGUCAAGAUUGUAAGUUAUUAUGUCAUAAAAAAUGUUAUCAAAAAGUUGUUACCAAAUGUAUUUCUAAAUCUUCAACCGAUUAUGAUGAUUCCGAUGAAGCCAAAUUGAAUCAUCGUAUUCCUCAUAGAUUUGAACCUGCUUUAAAUAGAGGUACCAAAUGGUGUUGUCAUUGUGGUUAUAUAUUACCUUGGGGAAGGAAAAAUGUUAGAAAAUGUACUGAAUGUGGUGUUAUGUGUCAUGCUCAUUGUACUCAUCUAGUACCUGAUUUCUGUGGGAUGUCUAUGGAUAUGGCCAACAAAAUCUUAGCCACCAUCAAAUCAACACCAAAACCUGUUCCUAAAGCUAAUGUUAAACCAAUUAAAACCAUAAAUAGUUCAGGAGCUUAUAGUGGUUCAACUUUAGGCAAUACCUCAGGAACUACCACUCCAAUUAGAACUGUUUUCCCUCAAGAUCAUACUCCUUCAAGUAAAACAACUUUACCAACUAUCCCAUCCCAUGCUCAAACCAAUUCUGAUGUUAGAGAUUUCUCCGAUGAUGAGUAUGAGAAUAAUAAGUUACCAACUAUGACUUCUAAUCAAUAUCAAAGUCCUGUUAAAGAACAUCCUUAUAAACAACAAGCUCAUAGAAGACCACCACCUCCACCCCAACAAGUUCCUCAAGAAGACAUUAAUCGUCAAUCAAUGAUGAUGGAUCCUGGUGAUUACACUUUUGCUUCUACCAAAUCCGAGGAAAUGUUACCAGCAGUACCUCAAGAUCAAUACGGCUACGAAGAACCAAAUCCUUUCGAACCUUCCAAUAAUCAAUUCCAAAACUUUGAUUAUCAUGACCAACAAACUAUGCCUUUGAUCAAUGAACCUAUCGAACAACAUCCUCCUGAACCACCUGCUCAUCAAUCAGCUUUACAACAACAACAUAUCCCAGCUCCACCUCAAACUUCUUCAAGAUCAGAAUCUCCUAAAUUGAAGGACAAACAUAAGAGUAAGAAGAGAAGAAGAAAGAUCGGAUUGGAUGACUUCCAAUUUUUGGCUGUGUUAGGUAAGGGUAAUUUUGGUAAAGUCAUGUUGGCAGAAUCAAGACAUACAUCUAAAUUAUGUGCUAUCAAGGUGUUGAAGAAAGAUUUCAUUGUUGAAAAUGACGAAGCCGAAAGUGUCAGAAGUGAAAAGAACAUUUUCUUGAAAGCCAAUAAAGAAAAUCAUCCUUUCUUAUUGAACUUACAUUGCUGUUUCCAAACUGAAAACAGAAUCUAUUUCGUCAUGGAAUACGUUUCAGGAGGUGAUUUGAUGUGGCAUAUUCAAAAGUCUAGAUUCUCAGCUAAAAGGGCCAAGUUCUACGCUUGUGAAGUAUUAUUAGGUUUACAACAUUUACAUCAACAAAAUAUCGUUUACCGUGAUUUGAAAUUGGAUAAUAUCUUAUUAACUUAUAAAGGUCAUAUUAAAAUUGCUGAUUACGGGUUAUGUAAAGAAAACAUGGGAUAUGAAAAUACUACCGGUACUUUUUGUGGUACACCAGAAUUUAUGGCUCCAGAAAUCAUCAGUGGCAAACAAUAUGACAGAAGUGUUGAUUGGUGGGCGUUUGGGGUAUUAUUAUUCCAAAUGUUAUUAUGUCAAUCACCUUUCAAAGGGGAUGAUCAAGAUGAGGUUUUCAAUGCUAUUGAACACGAUGAUGUUAAGUACCCAAUAAGUAUGCCUAGACAAACAGUUUUGAUUUUACAAGCUUUAUUGACCAAAGAUCCAACCAUGAGAUUAGGGUCAAGUGAAAGGGAUGCUUUAGAUAUUAUGGAACAUCCAUAUUUCCAAGAUGUCAAUUUUGACGAUGUCCUUCAUUGUAGAAUUCAACCACCAUAUUUACCAGAAUUAUCCAGUGAACAUGAUUAUUCCAAUUUCGAUAAGGAAUUCACAUCAGAAACUCCAAGGUUGACCCCUGUUGAUACAGUGUUGACGUCAGAAAUGCAAGAACAAUUUAGAGGAUUUUCCCACAUCUCUGAAGAUGCUGUUAUAUAG